AGUCCAAGCAUGGCCAUUGCAGGUGUUCCGGUCAAGUUCUUGCGUUCACUCGUUGAGUGAAUAGUGAUAGUGAAGCACUGGCCAGUUGGGCCUUUUGCGACCAGCAUGAGCUGAAGAUUUUGAUGAAGAGAAAAAACGCAACAUGAAAUUAACCGGCCUGAAACCCCUAAUUUUGCUUGCUUUGGCGCUGCUGAUUGAAGACGCCAAAGCCAUAAUUUCUUCGCCAAGUGCAGCCAACUGGGGUGGAGAUUUCUUCCAGAGCCCCACGAAUUGGCCCACCGUCCCGAAGGCUUCUUUCACGCAAAAAGGCUACAUUCAGUUCCUCAAAUAUGUGGUCGAUGUGCCGGAAAUCACUGACUACACUUUUUGUCUAUGGGUCAAAAGCCAUAAUCUAACGUACAACCAUCCGCUGCUGUCGUACUCGAAGCAUGACAAAGAGCGCCUGAUCCGCGUCUGGAUUUCCCCGCAUGGAACCCACAUCAACUUGGAACUGAUGGGAAAGACACCAUUCACCGUUUCGUCAAAGAUAGUGGAGAACCAAUGGAACCACCUGUGCCAGUCCUGGUCCUCCCAUAUGGGCACCUGGGCGUUCUAUUUGAACGGGAAACUUCACUCCUCCGGCCAUCAGGCGCUGCUGAGGAAUGUUCGAAUACCAGCCGGAGGCGACUUGGUGGUUGGGCAAGAAUACACCGACUUCGAUAAGGGGUUGGACGAUGGCAUCGAGGGCGAUAUUUCAGGCUUCAAUUUGGUUCUUUCUUCCGCCUUCAGCAGGCGGAACGAUUUGCUGCAGAGACACACAUGGGAGGGUUCCACUCACAAGCCCUUCGGCAUGCUCCUAGUAGAACUGGGCCAAGAUUGUGGGCUUUUGAGGGGCGCCCCAUUGAGUGGAAAGGGAGUGUUGGUCAGUUGGACUAAAACGGAAGUGCGGGUGUUUGGGGGCGCCACCCUGAAGAUGACUGUGCCAUUUUGUGCCCAGAAACGGUGAACUUGGGACUUGCCGUGCCAUUUUUAGUUGGGAAACUUAUACGUAAUAUAGUCAAUUUCUAGUCUG